UUAACUUUUAGGUUAUAAUAUUUUAUUGUUCAAUCGCAAAAACAUUUAUUUUUAUUUAAAAACACGUGGUGUUCAAAAUGCUGUCCAUAAAUAAAUCAUCCAAAGUGAUAAAGAAGAAGAAACUAAACAAGGAACCCUUGAAAAGUGACAAAAAGUUGAAAAAAGUAUCCAAACAAAUUAUUACGAAGGACGAGGAAUCUAAAAUUAAAAUAAAAGCCGAAGCAGGUAACUUAACUCAGAUAAAGAAGAAAACAAAAUAUGUAUUACCUUCGAAAUUCGUCACCGAAAAUUUGGUGUCAUCGUGCUUAUCCGCCUUACAAAAAUUAAUUGAAAACUAUAACAACAAAAAUGUUAUAUUUGGGGAUGAAAUUCCAAUAUUUAUGGAAAUACGCAGUAUCAAAGUACAAGACAAAAAGGGAAACAUUAAAUUUGUUUUACCACAUAGCACAGUAUCUUCUAAUGGUGAAGUCUGUUUAAUAACACCAGAUUUAAAAAAGGGUAAGAAAUCAGAUCAUGAGCCAUCUGUGGAUCACUGGGAAGAACUUUUAAGAAAUGCCGGAGUAACCUCAGUAAAAACAGUGUUACCUAUGAGACAAUUGAGGGUGGAAUAUGAUCAGUAUGAAUUAAAACGUAGAUUACUAACUCUACAUGACUUCAUAAUGGUUGAUACCAGAGUUCUGAAUCAUGUCUCCCACUUACUCGGAAAAAUAUUCUUCAAGAAACAUAACAUGUUAAUUCCUGUGAAAAUAAAUGAAAAGGGAGAUGUAAAAAAAGAUAUUGAUACUGGUUUGCGUACUGUAAUGCUGAGGUUAAGUGAGGGACAAACCUCAACGGUGCUUAUCGGCCAUUCUGGCAUGCCACAGAGUGAUAUCAAAGGGAACAUUCUAGCAUUAGUGAAGAAACUGGGUGAAAGAUUUCCAGGGGGCGAAGCAAAUGUCAGAUCUUUGUCUAUAAAACUUCCAUUAUCACUUUCCCUACCUUUGUAUGUUACACUACGAUCAUCCAACAGCAUUUUAGCACCCAAGAUUAAAUCUGCGAAGCCCAAGAUGUAUGUAGACUUCAUGGAUGAGCUGUCCACAAAUCCAGGUUGCUUAGUCAGAGUGGCUCCAGAUGGCUCAGUAAGACUUAAGAAAAGUGACAAGAAAGAAGACAACAGUGACAUAGAAGAUAUGGAAGAUGAAGAAGUUGAAGAAAAAGUUGAGGAUGAAGAAUAAAUUAGUCUUCAUGAAAUUAAAAUGUUUUAUAUUCAUUAAACAUUAUUGAAUAAAAAUCUUAUUCCUAUA